UUAACUGUUCCAAACUUUAAGAAAAAGGAGUUUUCCAAGGAAGCCGGGACGGGCAGUUGUUAUUCCUCCUCAGCGAUCCUCAGUUUCGGACAUCUUUCAGCAAUGUUUGACAAGCAGAACUACGACAGUCCGCCUGUCUACAGUCCUCCUUUCACCUCACCAUCCAACCACGGCUUUGUUCCACCAGGCAGCUUUCAUGCUCCUCAGAGUGAUUACAACGCGUACCCACCUCCGCCGGGCUCUUACUACAUUGAGGAAAAACCGCAAAACUUCUACAAAUGGCUGUCACCUCCUGGGAUCAUCAAAGCCAUGAUGGCUACAGUGAUCGUGCUGUGUGUGGCAAUAUUUGCCUGCGUGGCCUCCACUCUCAUGUGGGACAUGCAGUAUGGAUAUGGAAUGGGUUAUGGCUCUGGGCUGGGCUAUGGCAGUGGAUACGGCGGGGGAUACGGCGGGGGCUACGGCGGGGGCUACGGCGGAGGCUACGGCGGGAGCUACGGCUCAGGAUACGGUGGUUAUGGAGGCUACGGCGGCUACGGCUCCUACAUUUCACCCUACUCAGCCAAAACUACAAUGCUUGCCAUGGCAGCCAUUAACUUCAUAGGGGCGCUGGCAUUCUUCAUUGCUAGCUUCUCUAAGUCCAACACCGUCCGCAGCAGGAAGUUCUUUCUGGCUCUCCUGAUAGCCAGCAUCUUAAUGGGUGUCCUGCAGGGCAUCAUAACCAUUGUCUAUAUCGUUGGGGUGAACCCAAUGGCCCAAGGAUCCUCCAGCAUGAUGUACAAUCCAAUGCUCAUGAUGUGCCAGAACCUCUAUCAGACCAGCUAUUCCCAGAUGGGAGGAGUGGGAGGCUUCCCCAUAUACAACCAGUACCUCUACCAUUACUGCUUUGUGGACCCUCAGGAGGGAGUUGCCAUGGUGUGUGGAUUCCUGAUUGUCAUCGCCUUGGGUGUUGCGGCUUUCUUUGCACACAAAACUAGAGGGAAGAUCUGGCGCUACGGGAAACCCAACAUCAACUGGGAUAGGCCUCUUGUUGAUGGGAAGGCCUCAGAGGGCAGAGAUGUAGAGGACUGGGUGAACAAUGUGGAGGAAAGCCACAGUGUUCAAGACGCCCCAACUCUGUUGGUGUCAGAGAAAGCAGGCGGACUGCUCAACGCUUCAGCCAACAGUGUCAUCUCCUACUCCCCAGCCAAGGUGGACAGCAGCUCCUUUAAUGGGGACACGUACGACAACAACCAAUACUCAGAGCAGACCACCAGCCGACCAUCGGAGGUCUUCUCCCAUGGUGGAAGGACCAGCUCUAGUCCUUCAGAAGAGACAGGCGGAGGCCGUAAACCUUCUGCCAACAGGGGCAAGAGACGCAGACGUAACCCCGAGCUGGAUGAGUCUCAGUAUGAGACGGAGUACACCACAGGAGGAGAGACAGGCAACGAACUCGACCCAGAGGAGUGGGAGAGCAUGUAUCCGGAGAUUACAUCUGAUGAACAACGUCAUGCCUAUAAGAGAGAGUUUGAUGCCGACCUUAGGGAGUACAAGCGCCUGUGCGCAGAGAUGGACGACAUUAACGAUCACUUAAACAAACUCAGCCGGCAGCUGGACACACUGGAUGAGACUUCAGUCAAAUACCAGACUGUAGCAGAGGAAUAUAAUCAACUGAAGGACUUGAAGCGGACAUCAGACUACCAGUCUAAGAAGAAAGAGUGUCGCAGGCUGAGACACAAACUUUUCUACAUCAAACGCAUGGUGAAGGACUACGACAAGACCCACUAAUGAACCCACUGAGUCUCUACGCUCCGCUCUCACAGUUACCAUGGUCCACAUGAUGCCAAGAUACACUCCACAAUGCUACAAAGACUCUGUGAAAGGCUGAGACCAAAGUUACCUGUACAGCUCCUACACUCACUGGACACACAUGGGCACACACACACACACACACACACACACACACAUAGGGAACAUACUGUAAGUUUGAGCAGCUAUCCUUGUUAGGACAUUGCAUUGACUUCCAUUCAUUGUGGACAGCCUAACCCAAACCCUAAUUACCAGUUCACACUUUACCCCUAAACUUAACCAGGACCUCAGAAAUGACAUUUUGCCUCAUUAGGACCACGUCUUGGUCCCCAUGAGGACUGCUGGUCCUGACGAGGUAGGUGUUUAUACCAGAAAAGGUCCCAGUGAGGUAACAAAAACACACACACACACACACACACACACACAUACACACACACACACACACAGGGAACAUACGGUAUGUUAAUAUUAAUGAUCUGAUCGUUUGUAAGACAGCAGAACUGGAUGAAAUGACUUUUUAGGGAGAAAUGGAAACAGCAGCCUGAGCUGAAUCCACUUCCACAGCAAACACUGCCAUUUUCUUAAAGGGUCAGCUCAUUGUUAGCCAUGUGCAGCCACCUGCGAAGAUCAGAGGGUGAGGUUGUAGAAAGGUUAUUUGAAAGUCACCUGACCUUGAGUCACCUGUGAUAAGUGUGCUCAGUUUCUGUGAUUUUGUUUGCUCUCUAAAUUGGCAACUUUUCCGUGUUUUAUCUCCAGUUGAGAUAAGAGUUGGAGCAGUAAUGGGUGAGACGGGUUGUAGGGGUUGUUAGCAAGCAAAUGUGUUUUUUUUUAACCCUUUGCAUGGCGUUAACUUUGUCAAAAAUUACGUUUUGUUGUGCUUGUCUCACCUCUGUGUCAGUGUUGGUUACUAACAUCAAUAUCAGCAGAGUUAACUGCUCUCUUCCAGGACCACAUGUAUUAUUCUAAUGUACUGGCUUUAUGUCGAAACUAAGAUUUUGAUACUGAAUAUCUAAAUAUAGAUGCAGUGAGACCAAAAAGGGGACUUAGUGGCCAAUUGUAUAUUCUUUUAAGGGAUCCUGUUUUUACUACAUAAACAUUAAAACAAUGGUUUAUGGUUUUUAUGUACUGCAGGAAUCAAAAGAACAAAUUUAUAGUAUGUAUCUGUCUAUUAGGUAAUUAGCAUCUGUGAUAAUGUUAUCUGUUAUUUGUACAUACUAAAGACACAGUGUUUGUUUUUAAUCGGUGAUCAUUUCAAAUAUGCUGAAUCUAUGCAAAAUAGUAAAAAUAUUUAGACUAUUUUUAUAUUUUUCCGUUGUACACCCUCAACACAAACUGGAAAACAUGUCUCUCACUGUUCCUGACUGUCUAUAAGCUAAGUUCAUAUUUUCAUUAGAUUCCUUCUUGGCCGAUGAAAAAUGAUUACGUGCUGAUUCCAUGUGUGGUGAUUAUAAUAAUAUAAUAAUCUACUUCAUAUGCAAAAUGUUAUGAUCUUGUGUAUGUUUUAAAAUUGUUUUGGCACCCUCAUGAUUUGUCAUGCAUUUGUAUUUUUAUGAAGAACAUUGUUGUCAUUUUACAAACCAUUUGCGAGCCAUUUAUUUUUGUAUGGAUUUAUUUUCUCUGAUACUAUUAUAAAGGACCAUUUUUUUUGUAACUGUAUUCUUCCAUAAGGUAUGAAUGAUGUCUAAAAAGUGUUCCAUAAGUAAUAAACAUUUCUAAUUCUCUAAAAAUGA